AAUCCCCUAAUUAGAAGUCAGAUGCCUUAAUCCAUUAGGCCACGGGCGCUUAUAACAUUCACUAUUACAUUAAACAUAAUUAAACUAAUAAUCUCAUAUUCCAGCUAAUAAAACAAUCAGGGAAGAGUUCAGUAGGUAGAUGAUCACACCAGGGAGCUCAGCCUUGGCCUCCGGUGACGGUUCUAUCCGGGAAGAGCCAUCGGUGAAGCUUGAUUUUCCUAGAAGCCACUUUGAAAAAUCCCAGCUCCUCCGAUCACCGCCGAAAAGAUUCAUCGUACCCCCUAAAAUGGAAGCUGUGGAUGGCCUCGUAUCGAUCCCCUUUCUUCUCUGCGACAUGCUGGAUUGGCACGCAGAUUUAGGCGGUGAUCCCCAGCCGCUUGUCGAGGUCGCCGAUGCAGAGUUUGUUCGAGAAAGGGACCAGGUCACCGACCGCGAGUUGCCCAGUUCGAAUGUUCGAUUCCAAGGAUAGGAAAUUGCAGUCAAUUCAUGGGAAAGAAACACAUCAAAUAAUCAGUACAUUCAAUCGAUCUUCCUAGAUUUGUGUCCUAGCUGCUGCUGCUUUUGGAACUGGAAAGUCAAUCAAUCCUUGUCAUUAUCACCUUGGCUUCUCCAUCCUUGAGCUGUAAGUCUUUCUAGAGCCUGCCUGUCUACAGUAUAUAUGCUUCACCUCAAAGCUUUUGUCUUCCUCGUGACCUACUCCCUUCCUCUUGGUUGCAACCAAAUUGCAGAAUUUGAUGAUGCUUGGGAUGGAAUAGAAUGUUUGUCGUCUUUAUCACAACACAACAUACUCUACUCUGCUACCAUGGACCGCCUCGAAUCCUUCUCAUUGCUACCAAAAUGUCAUCACAGUUGAAGGGUUUAGUGAGGUGAGAAUCCAUUCCAGCUUCAACUAAUCUUUCCAGUUCUUGCUUUGAUGUAUGCCCUGUUACUCCUAUAAAAGGUGUGUGAAUCC